UUUUUCGACCCCCCCUGCCCCUCCUGGGACUUCAGCUUGGUCAUAAUGUUAGAUUUGUGGAUAUACAUAUAUAUGUAUAGUUGGGUGUGGACAGGACAAAUAAUUUGCUGUGCUGGCUAUGAAAAAGUUUCAGAGGCAGUGUUGUAAGUGAUAGCAAGGUGAAGUGGUCUUCUUGAGCCCCAAGUACAACAAGUGUGUUGUCAUAUGUAUAUCCACAGGUGUUGUACUCGUAAAUAGCUUCAGCCCAACCCUUGCACAUUCAUUUGGGGAUGUGACAAACAACAGGCUUUCAGAUGCUGCUGAAGGCAGAGAGUGGCUAUUAGUUUCUGGUUUGUGCAACAGCCUGUGACAUGUAUUUAAUUCCCAUGGAGAACAGGUAGAGUGUGAUAUAUAAUGUAUUGAUGGCAAUGUAGCAUACAGGUAUAUUGUGUGGCUGAAAUAUUAAAGAAUGACCAGUGGAUAAAAAGUCAGUUCAGAGAGAUCCAUGGUGAUUUACAUGAGUUAGUUGAAAACGGCAUAAUUUCAAGGCAUUGAUCUUAACAAAACUGCCAGGACACCACCUGAGUUUUAACAAGAACCUAAGGAUAUACUGAUAAAAAAAUGACAGAGCAUGAAAAGAAAGUAACUAUGGACAUGCCAAGGGCAAGGAAAAAAAAGAGAUCUCCUCGUGAGUCAUCUCGGGACAGUCAGAUAUCACAACUGGAGCAGGUGCCCUCUGUAAGCAGAAGAGUUGUUAUGCCAGGGCCUACAGCCAGUCAGAUAUCACAACUGGAGCAGGUGCCCUCAGUGAGCAGAAGAGUUGUUAUCCCAGGGCCUACAGCCAGUCAGGCCCAAAUCAUCAAUGACCCCACCUACACCCACAGAGAAGAUGAUAACAACUAUAUUGGUGAUGUCAGCAUGGACCACCUGGAGAGAAUGGUCUGGUCUCGUAAGCUGGAGUUCAUCCUCUCCUGUCUGGGCUAUGCCGUGGGACUGGGGAACCUGUGGAGGUUCCCGUAUAUGUGUUAUAGGAAUGGAGGAGGUGCUUUUUUCAUCCCCUACCUGAUCAUGUUGUUAUUCUGUGGGUUUCCAUUGUUCUAUCUGGAGAUUUCUCUGGGACAGUUUGCCAGCCUGGGCCCUCUUUCAGUGUGGAAGGUUUCACCUUUAUUUAAAGGUGUUGGUUAUGGCAUAGUCACUGUGUCCUUGAUGGUUAGUAUCUAUUACAACAUGAUCAUAGGAUGGAGCAUCUUCUACCUGUUUGCCUCCAUGCAGGACCCGGUACCUUGGAGCACCUGUGAUAACUGGUGGAACACUGCGGCCUGUACAAUGGAUGGAAGACAGCAUCAGAAUGCAAGCAACAAUUCCACAAUUAUAUUAAAUUCUGUUAUGGGUAAUAUCAGUUUAAAUGACAGCGCUGAUGUCGGUGACACCAUAGUGUCAUUGGACCCUUAUGAGAAUGUGACACAGAAUUUGACAUAUGUAGGAAGGCUGAAGUCAUCAAGUGAAGAGUACUUUUAUAACUAUGUCCUGGGAAUAACUGAUGAUAUCAGUGAUUUUGGAGGUAUGCAGUGGUACAAUGUUGGCUGCCUGUGCCUUGCAUGGCUCUUGGUUUUCUUAGCACUGAGGAAGGGGAUAAAAACUUCUGGAAAGGUUGUCUACUUUACUGCCAUAUUUCCCUAUGUGGUGCUGGUGAUUCUGCUUAUUCGUGGAGUGUCUUUGGAUGGAGCAGUAGAGGGCAUCAAGUUUUUUCUCAUUCCAAAGUGGGAACGUCUGAGACAGGCAAAGGUGUGGAAUGAUGCUGCCAUCCAAGUUUUCUACUCCCUGGGGUCUUGCUUUGGUACCCUGAUAACACUGGCAAGCUACAACAAGUUCCACAACAACUGCUACAAAGAUGCAGUCAUAGUGUGUGUGGGGAAUACCCUGACCAGUGUGUUGGGAGGGGUUGUGAUCUUCUCUAUAUUGGGCUACAUGGCACAUGUGUCAGGGACCACAGUGGACAAAGUGGCACAGGAAGGGUCCGGCCUGGCUUUUGUAGUGUACCCAGAGGUAGUAGCCAAGUUCCCUGUCUCUCCACUCUGGGCAAUACUGUUCUUUAUCAUGCUGCUCACACUGGGGCUGGACUCCCAGUUUGGGAUGAUUGAGACCCUUGUUACUGCUAUUCUAGAGGAAUAUCCAAAACAAUGCCACAAAAGAAAGACAUGGGUUAUACUUGGAGUGUGUAUUGUGAUGUUUAUUUUGGGAUUACCAUUAUGUACCAAGGGAGGGAUGUAUUGGCUUCACCUGAUGGAUCUGAAUGCAGCAGGCUGGUCAGUCCUCAUUCUGGGCCUGUUUGAGUGUCUGGUCAUAGGCUGGGUGUAUGGCUACAAUAGGUUUGCUGAUAACAUACAGAUGAUGAUAGGGAAGAAACCGUCCCUGUACUGGAGGGCACUCUGGCAGUUUGUAACUCCAGUGAUUAUUAUGUUUAUUCUGGUGUUCUCCUGGGUGGACUACAGUCCAGCUUACUAUGACCAGUAUGAGUACCCAUUCUGGGCCAAUCUCCUGGGUGGGGCCAUGACCUGUCUGCCUCUGGUACCUUUACCUGUCUGGAUGCUUUAUGCCAUCUCCAAAACUGAUGGACCAAUAAAGAGACGUAUCCAGCUGCUAACUCAGCCUGCUGCUGACUGGGGCCCAGGACCCAGUAUAGAUGAAGACAUAGUGGCCUUUCUUGUCCCCCAACACCCCCUAUUACCUCCAGCACUCCACCUCCACCCUGACCUUCCAGAGACACCUGUCUGGGGGGAUAGACAACAAGGGCUUUGAGCCUUCACUGGAU